AUGGGUGUUGUGAGUGUGUACAUGUUUCCAGUUCCUGAAGGGAAGAGUGGACAGCAAGUAGUAGAAAGCUUACAGAAAAGUAUUGAAUUACUAGGUGCAACCAAAACUGGUAAUUUUUGUGUUGAUUGUGAAACUUUUCAGACCAGCAUUCAAAAUACUCAACAGAGACAAGUGAACAUACUACAUAGCAGUGACCACCCUGCAUCCUGCUUUGCCAUAUUAGAUGCAGGUACUUGUCUAGUAGCUGAUUCUCUGUUUGAUGGAUUGAUGCAAAAAUUAAAACAUUACUAUCAACAGAGGAAAGGCUCAAAGAUAGAAUCAAAAGGACAAAGAUAUGAAUUUGGAGACUUUGUGUUUAAAGUCGGUUCAGUGUCACUGGCCUCUAGUUUUAAAGGUAUUCUGUUGGAGAUUGAAUAUUGUCCUUGUAUAAUAGCUGGUGAUUGUUGGGGUCUAUUGAAAGAAAUGGCCUCCAGUAUUGUGGGUAAUGUGGCAGAACAGCAACCAAAUGUUAUCAAAAACAAACUAGAACAUGUUUAUACUACAGCAGAUACUAUGUGUCAAUAUUUAGAACAUUUUAAUAAUUAUAAAAAACAGACUAUUCCACCAACUGCUGUUAGUACUGGUAGAUGA